GAAGAACCCUAAAACCAUCUCCAUGUCUACACCCCACCCCGAUAAACCCCAAAACCAAGAUCAAGACCGCACAGAUCCAUCUCCACCACACGAAGAAACCGAAGAUGAAGGAGAAUGCGGGUUUUGCUUGUUCAUGAAGGGGGGUGAGUGUAGAGAAAAUUUCAUCGAUUGGGAAAAAUGCAUUGAAGAAGGCGAGAAGAACAACGAAGAUGUUGUGGAAAAAUGUUUUGAGGUCACCUCAUCUUUGAAGAAAUGUAUGGAGGCUCAUCCCGAUUACUACGGCCCCAUUUUGCAAGCGGAGAAAGCGGCUCAACAGGAAGCGAUUAAUCAGUUAGAUAAGGAGAAAGAAGCCAUGGCAGCUGCUUCAGAUACAGAGAAACAGCAACAGAACCACUGACGAUUCUUCAUUUUUGCGGAGGUAUUACUAUUUAUGAUGAAAAACUGAGAAUCAAUGAUUGAAUUUGAGAAAUAAUUAUGCUUACAUUUUAAUCUGAUUGGGGGUUUUUAUGGUUGCUGGUUAACUGUUCGACCUUUUGUCUUAUUACCAUAUCUCUUGA